CAAGGUAGGUUCUCCCUCCUCGCUAAACACACCAUACCCAUCUCAUCCUCAUCAUCACUGUCUACCAACCAGUAGGACUCCAGACCCUCAGAUGUUUUCUGGCUUGUGGUCUGUCAGACGCCAUGUUGUUGUUGUUGUUGUUGAGUGACCAUGUGACCAUGUGACCAUGUCUCUGUCUCACACCAGCCAAAAUGUCGACCCGAGAGAAAAACAGCCUUGCUGAGGGAAACUCUAUCAAGAUGUUCAUGCGAGGUCGACCAAUCACCAUGUUCAUCCCUUCAGACGUGGAGAACUAUGACGACGUCCGGGCCGAGCUUCCUCCAGAACGACUCAAGCUGGAAUGGGUGUAUGGGUACCGCGGUCGGGACUGCCGGGCCAACGUCUACCUGCUUCCCACUGGAGAGAUCGUCUACUUCAUCGCGUCCGUGGCGGUUCUGUUCAGCUACGAGGAACGGACCCAGAGGCAUUACCUCGGACACACCGACUGCAUCAAGUGUCUGGCCAUCCAUCCGGACAAGAUUCGGAUCGCCACUGGACAGAUUGCCGGAGUGGACAAAGACGGACGCGCGCUGCAGCCUCGUCGGGUUUGGGACAGCAUCAGCCUUUCCACUCUGCAAGUCAUCGGUUUGGGAACCUUUGAACGUGGCGUCGGGUCUCUGGCGUUCUCCAGAGCGGACUCGGGUCAGCACCUGAGCGUUAUCGAUGACUGCAACGACCACAUGUUGACGGUUUGGGACUGGCAGAAGAAGUCCAAGAUCGCAGAGAUCAAGACAACCACCGAUGUGGUUCUGGCCGUGGAGUUCCACCCGACUGACCCAAACACGAUCGUUACCUGUGGGAAGUUCCACAUCUUCUUCUGGGCCUGGAACGGGAACUCCCUGCUGCGCAAACAGGGACUCUUCGGGAGUCACGACCGGCCCAAGUUCAUCCAGUGCCUGACCUUCCGGAGCAACGGCGACAUCGUGACUGGAGACUCGGCCGGACAGCUGCUGGUCUGGACCCGGAACUCUGCCGAAGCGCCCACUGGCAAGGCACCACAAGCCUUCCAGAUGAGGACCGACCUGCGGCCAAUCGAAGCUCAUGAAAAAGGAGUUUUCUGCAUGUGCGACAUGCGGAGCGGCUCGCUGCUGACCGGAGGAGGAAAAGACCGCAGGAUUGUCCUGUGGGACCAACAGCUGCAGCUGGACCGCGACAUCGAGGUCCCGGAUCAGUACGGGAACAUCCGCGCGCUGGCGGAGGGAAAGGGAGACGAGUUCCUGGUUGGGACGUCCAGGAACUUCAUCCUUAGAGGGACCUUCAACGACGGCUUCCAGGUGGAGGUCCAGGGACACACGGACGAGCUGUGGGGUCUGGCCACCCACCCCAGCAGGGAGCAGUUCCUGACCUGCGCCCAGGACCAGACGGUUUGUCUCUGGAACUCUCUGGAUCACAGCCUGCAGUGGAGCCGCACUCUGGAGGAACACGGACACUGUGCGGAGUUCCAUCCCACUGGAGCCGUAGUUGUCAUAGGAACGCACUCGGGAAGGUGGUUUGUUCUGGACGCCGAGAGCAAAGAUCUGGUCGGGAUCCACUCGGACGGCAACGAGCAGCUGUCGGUUCUGCGUUUCUCAGUUGAUGGCAGCAUGCUGGCCGUGGGGUCGCAUGAUAACUUCAUCUACCUGUACAGCGUGUGGGAGCAGGGCCGCAGGUACAGCCGCUACGGGAAAUGCUCGGGUCAUUCCAGCUACAUCACACACCUGGACUGGUCACCUGACAACAAGUUCAUCAUGUCCAACUCUGGGGACUAUGAGAUCCUUUACUGGGACAUCCAGAACGGCUGCCAGCUGAUCCGGAACCGGUCCGAGUGCAAAGACAUCGAAUGGGCCACCUACACCUGCGUUCUGGGAUACCAUGUGUUCGGUGUCUGGCCCGAAGGUUCUGAUGGUACAGACAUCAAUGCUCUGGUGAGGUCCCACAACAGGAAGGUGAUCGCGCUGGCGGACGACUUCUGCAAGGUUCACCUGUUCGCCUACCCCUGCUCCAGAUUCAAGGCGCCCAGCCACAAGUACAGCGCCCACAGCAGUCACGUGACCAACGUCAGCUUCCUGCACAGCGACAGCCACCUGAUCUCCACGGGCGGGAAGGACACCAGCGUCAUGCAGUGGCGUCUCGUCAGGAAGCUGGUCGACGCCCCCAAGCCCGCCGCGCGCCGACCCAACACGGCCGGUGACCCGGCGGGCGACGCGGCCGCCACGCAGUCUCUGGCUGGACCCGACCCGGUCGGCGCCGGAAACCCGGACCCAUCGAGCCGGGUCGCCGCAGAAGGAACCCCGCCUCCCUCGGACAGCACGCUGAGCCUGAAGGACAGCCUGGAGACGAGCGACGACACGGCGACGCCGAGCGACGAGGGCCUGCCUCCCCUCACUCCCCCCUCCUAGAGGGGCGGGGCCUCUUCCAGGUCAGGUGUCUCUGUUGUUGCUCCUGACACCAGCGGGGUCACCGACCGCCAAGCACCUGUUCGCACCCGAACAUUUCAGGACCGCUGUCAGGAAUUCGACGGGAAACCCACAGAAACUGUCCGGACGUCUGCAGACGUCGGCCGUCUUCCCAGAAACACUCCAGAAUCUGAUUCAGAACCUUCCAGGUCUCCUCCAAUCCGCCACAGGAAGUCACCUGAUCUGCCCUCUCUGGACAGGUGAACACUAGAGCUGCACCGAUGGCACAUUUCUGUCCGAUCCUUAAUAAACCGAUUGUUUUUGUCUGAAACGUCGACAAAUAUAGAAAGUCGCUGAGUUGAUAACGGGGGCGACUAUUGCAAAUACCUGGGUGGGCGGGGCUAACCAGGUGGGCGGGGCUAACUUCACUGCAGAGGAAAUGAGGACAGUGGUUGAUUUUUAGACCUUUCAGAGAAAAAUAAGAUCGGCUUCACAAAUAUCGGCCAAUCGCUGAUCUUUGAAACUUAGGAAAUCUGUGCUAAUAAAUCGGUGCACCCUUAUUUGUUUUUUUAAACAUAUUUAUUGAAUUUUAUAACAUAAAACAAGUGGCAGUGAUACAUUUGACAUAGGAUUCACAUUGAACAACUCAGUCCCCAAAGUAAACAAACUUAAAUAAUAAAGAAACAGCAGCAAAAAGCAACUCAACAGCAUGUAUAUCAGAAAACAGAAAUAGCGGAAAAAGAAACAUUGCAGCAAUCUGCACUGUUCAUUUCCUUUGUAGUGUUUCAGAAACUGCGACUGUGUUUCUUCAAAUUUGGCUCCCUUUCCUCUGACAAUAUGAGAGAGACGCUCCAGAGCCACACAUGAUGUCAUCUCCUUCACCCACAUGUGCUUUGAAGAUAUGUCCAUUUUUUUGACAUAAAUAUUAAUUCAAAGUCAGUCAAUUUUAACUGUCUGGAGCUAAAUACACAGUUCUCUGGAUAAAUACGUAAAACACACAUUCACUACAACAAUCUUUGAUUAAAGUUUGUGUCACUGAAUUGCUGUAAUUCUCCCAGACACAGUGAAGAAGAAAGACUUACUGCAGUCCUCAUCAACCUUCAAUACCUUCACUGCUAUUGAACGACUUUCAUCCUAGUUUCGAUUGACUGCUUUUGGCCUUUUAACCCUCCUCUUGUCUUCGGGUCAUUUUGACCCGAAGACAACAGGAGGUUGUUCUUAUUUUUUUCGUCAAGUUCACAUUUGAAUUGCUGCAGCAGAAAAUUCCAUCUGAGUUGUGAACACUGUAGGUCUGAUUCAGGACUGUUAGAUUUCAAGUUGCUGUAUGCAGUUGCAAUUAAAAAAAUGUUUUAUAAGGGCUUGUCCUCGGGUCAUGUCAACCCGAGGGCAACAGGAGGGGGGGGAAAUUUGAAAAGAUAUCAGUUUUACGGAGAUCAGUGAUGCCAUUCCAUACUGUUUGCCUGUCCAGCUGUAAUUUCCUUAGUCUUCCGGUCAGUCUGACCUGAGGCCUGGGUUUGGUUAUCUUUAUUUCUUUUGUAAAGUUCACAUUUGAAUUGCUUGAGCCUAAACUUCCCCUGAGUUGUGCACACCGUAGUUCUGAUGCAGGACUGUUAGAUUAAAGUUUCUGUAUGCAGCUGCAAUUGAAAAACAAAUUUUUUAAGGGCUUGUCCUCGGUCGACAUGAGCAGAGGACAACAGGAGGGUUAAGCACAGUCCACCCUUGGUUAAUACCUGACACUCCUGUGAUGUCAACAUUUUUCUGUCCAAAGAUCAUCAUGGCACCUGUUAUCCUCCCGUCUGCCACCGGGGGCAGCAGGGAGCUGAAGGGGAGGAAUUUCUUAAACAAGAGAAUCAUUUUUCCCAAACAAACAGUUUGAUUUUCCUCCGGUGAGAAGAGUUGACCUCAAAGUUAAACAGGAAGUCUUUUGUUUUACAGGAAGUUUGUGAAUCAGAGGAAACCUGGAAGAUUUCAAUUUUGUUUCAAAACAACCAUCUACAGCUUUUUAGUUAAAAUAGUGAAAAUCAAUUUCAUUUAAAUCUGUGAAUUAAAAUAUCACUGAAGGAUGCAAACAGCUGCAGGCUUUUAUUCUGAAAAGCCACAGAUGACAUUCAGUUUCAGUCUAAAUGAAUACAACAGAGAAAAGGAACAUUCUGUUAAAAAUUAUGUCCAUGUUUAAAGCGGUUCUGACCCAUCAGGUUCUAGAUCCACUGGUUUGUGUUUCAGAAGCUUCACACUGUUGCCAACAGAAAACCAACAGCAUGAAACAGGAAGUGAUUGUUUGGCGAGGUGACCUUCAGGUUAAAACUGUGACAGAGAACCAAUCAGAGUGAACCCUCCCGCUUUGCUGAAAAUCCCAUUUCAUCUUGAGAAGAAUUGAUCAAAGUGAGCCCUCUCUGUUCAUAAAGGAUCUGUGUUGUUUGUAUAUGCUGCAGACGUCUGUGUGUAUAUUUGUGCUCAACACUAGAGGGCAGCACUUCAGUCACAUUCAGCUCACAUCUCUUAUCCAAUCAGGCGACGGCAAAGGGGUGGGCCUGUGCUCUGAUUGGUUGCUCUCAGUGACUCACUGCUGGGCUUUUGUCUGUUCUGGACCAUUUCACUUCAGGCCUUUGUUGAAUGUGUCGAUGAUGUCAUUCAGGGGCGGGGCCUUAGGGGUGAGGGGGGGGGGGUUGAUGCUGCCUUUUUAUUACUGACUCAUCUUUUCUAUGUUUGCCUCUAAAGGGCUUCUGUGGAGUUCAGGGACUCACCUGGAUGUUCAGGUUGGGGGCGGGGUCACGUGAAGGGGGCGGGGUUUGUGUUCAUUGAUCCUCAUUGAUUUUUAUGUGACUGUUUUGAGCCAAUCGUCUUCUCUCAUGCAUUCCUGUCAGAGGGCAGACUGUACUGAAGAUUUCAACACAAAAUGCAAAUAAACGUUGUUAUGAUGACGACCA